UGGGCGCUGCCGCUGGUUCGCCUAUCCCUUUCCUCAGCCGCCUCCUUUCAACCUUGUAAGCCUGUCGGCGCGGCCUCUGCUGCAGCGGCGGCGGCUCCCGUUCCCGCCGCAGCUCUGUCCCCUUUCUCCCUUCCCACCAGUUCCCGGAGUUCGCCCGCCAUGGCUUUACUCACUGCGGCCGCCCGGCUCUUGGGAACUAAGAAUGCAUCCUGUCUUGUUCUUGCUGCCCGGCAUGCCAGUGCUUCCUCCAUGAAUUUGAAAGACAUAUUGGCUGACCUGAUACCUAAGGAGCAGGCCAGAAUUAAGGCCUUUAGGCAGCAACAUGGCAAGACGGUUGUGGGCCAAAUUACUGUGGACAUGAUGUAUGGUGGCAUGAGAGGCAUGAAGGGAUUGGUAUAUGAAACAUCAGUUCUUGAUCCUGAUGAGGGCAUCCGUUUCCGAGGCCAUAGUAUCCCUGAAUGCCAGAAAUUGCUCCCCAAGGCUAAGGGUGGAGAAGAACCCCUGCCUGAGGGCUUAUUUUGGCUGCUGGUAACCGGACAGAUCCCAACAGAAGAACAGGUAUCAUGGCUUUCAAAAGAGUGGGCGAAAAGGGCAGCUCUGCCUUCUCACGUGGUCACCAUGCUGGACAACUUUCCCACUAAUCUACACCCCAUGUCUCAACUCAGUGCAGCCAUUACAGCCCUCAACAGUGAAAGUAUCUUUGCCCGAGCAUAUGCAGAGGGUAUCAACCGAACCAAGUACUGGGAGUUGAUUUAUGAAGACUGUAUGGAUCUGAUUGCAAAGCUGCCUUGUGUUGCAGCAAAGAUCUACCGGAAUCUCUACCGAGAGGGCAGCAGUAUUGGAGCCAUUGACUCUAAGCUGGACUGGUCCCACAAUUUCACCAACAUGUUAGGCUAUGCUGAUGCUCAGUUCACUGAGCUCAUGCGCUUAUACCUCACCAUUCACAGUGACCAUGAGGGUGGCAACGUCAGUGCCCAUACCAGCCACUUGGUGGGCAGUGCCCUUUCAGACCCUUACCUAUCCUUUGCAGCAGCCAUGAAUGGGCUAGCAGGGCCUCUACAUGGACUGGCAAAUCAGGAAGUGCUUGUUUGGCUAACACAACUACAAAAGGAAGUUGGCAAAGAUGUGUCAGAUGAGAAGUUACGAGACUACAUCUGGAACACACUCAACUCAGGACGGGUUGUCCCAGGCUAUGGCCAUGCAGUACUAAGGAAGACUGAUCCACGAUAUACCUGUCAGCGAGAGUUUGCUCUGAAACACCUGCCUAAUGACCCCAUGUUUAAGCUAGUUGCUCAACUGUACAAGAUUGUACCCAAUAUCCUCUUAGAGCAGGGCAAGGCCAAGAAUCCUUGGCCCAAUGUAGAUGCUCACAGUGGGGUGCUGCUCCAGUACUAUGGCAUGACGGAGAUGAAUUACUACACAGUCCUGUUUGGGGUGUCACGGGCACUAGGUGUACUCGCACAGCUCAUCUGGAGUCGAGCCUUAGGCUUCCCUCUAGAGAGGCCCAAGUCCAUGAGCACGGAUGGUCUGAUGAAGUUUGUGGAUUCUAAGUCAGGGUAAAACUGAAGACUGGGGGAAACAAUACCAGAAAGUGAGGAAGCUUAAAAAAUGUAUACUUUUGUUUUGUUUCAGGGGGCCUUUAAAGAUUUAAUAUUAAAUUGUAUCUGAGGCACUGAUAAUACAUUUGAGGUUAAAAUAUAAAUUAAGACUUCGAAAGAUGAAAAUAUAAACUAAGACCCCUUCUUCCCUAACCAGCUCCCUUCUCCUGCCUGGUAUGAGUUGCCCAUCAACUGUAGGAUGACCAGGACUAAUGCAUGUGGUUUGGGUUAGGUUUGGCCCCCCCACCGUCUCUAGAGUGAGAAUCUGGCUCCUCUUUCCCUGGGUCAAAGGUGGUUGCAGAGAAUCUGCAGUCACUUUGGAGCUUUUGCUCCUACUCUGCCCAGCCCUCAAUAUGCCAGCAAACCAGGACUCUGCCCCUUCUGUUUCCAUAGGAAUCAUGUUGGAUUGUCAGCACUAGGGCCCUCUCCCAUACACAUGAACAUCUCCUAGCAAAACCAGUUGGUUAGCUGGACAUGCUUUGGCAAUUGUGGGGGAGGGGUAUGGCUGGCCAGUACAGGGAGGCGAUUUUUUUUAAAUGCUGCCAAGUGACCAUAAAGGCAUGACAUUUGUUAUGACUGGCACCCAGUGUUUGAUUUUAUUUCUCUUUUUAAAGUUAUCCCAUUAAAAUUAAGGUCUGGGAGUGUUCUGUUUCCCACUACUUUAAUACUCACCUCCUUCCAGACCUUCUAUACCUGCUGCUCCUCAAUCUGAGGAUGCUCUGGACCUUCCCGUCCCAGUUCCAACAGAGCCCUCUUUUAGCAGGUCUGUCUGAACUGUGGUGUUUCCCAGUCAUUUGGCUUUAUCAGUGCUUAAUGUGAACUAAGCUUUUUAUUUCCAUAGAACACAAGCCAUUACCCUCUGACCUCCCCACCCCUUUUUAAUAUUCUGUGGGGCCUAAAACAGGAACUCAGGAAUGACCAGCAUGGUAUCUUCAUGGUCUGGACCCAGGGGUACCUCUCUUUGAACAGGGAAAUAAUUCAAGAUUAUUGAACACAGUCUCCUUUGAAUAUCAGGUCCUGGGGCUGAGGGCAUUAAAAAUAGUAAGCCUCCCUCCUUAUCCCCUGCCACAAGAAAAUGUACCCUUAUUUAACAUCCAUUUUCUGCCCCUUCCCCAAGAGCUCACAGUAUGGUGAUUGUUUUAGAAGCCCUAUUUGGGGCUGGCUGGUUAGCUCAGUUGGUUAAAGCGUGGUAUUUUAAUACCAAGGUUAAGGGUUCGGAUCUCCAUACCAGCCAGCCCAAAAAAAAAAAAAAAAAAAAAUAGAAGCCCCAUUUGCACAGUUUCUUUGAUGACUCAGAAUGCUCUACUGCCUUUUCUUUGAGAAAGGAUUGAGAUACACUCCUGCUGCACCCCCUGCCUGUGUUUGUGUGGCUCCCUAGUCUCCAGAACCAGCUGUUGAGAUGGACACAUUGUUAAACCCUUGGUCAUGAUGCAGACUUCAGGUUGUUCUGUAUAAAAUGAAAAAUAAAUGUUUUUAUUAACAAU